AUGACCGACAGCCAGCAGGAUGAAAGGGUGGUGAACCUCACCCAAGAAGAGUUUGAAAAGUUGGUGAAAGAGAACAAGGGAGGACUCACCCCAAUGACACCAGAACAAUUGAAAGAACAUAAGUCCUUGAAAAGAAAUGCAUUUUGGAAAGAUAGUGUAUGUGUAUUAUCGAUGAUUGCAUCAUUUGGUAUGAUUGCGUACUAUUGGUAUUAUAUCAUUCAACAAAUGAAUGGUGAUAUUCCCUUGGAGUACUAUCAAUUGGCUAUAUAUUUUAUAAGCUUUGUCGGACUUGUAUUCACCCUCGGAAAUAUCUUUAUAAAUAUUACAUUUCCCUUUUUGUAUUCAAAAGAGCUAAAAGAUGAUGGAGUCAUGUCAGGAAAGAAGAAACAAUAA